AUGGCUACUCACUCUCCUCCUGCGAAUUUGCCGCAUUUUCCACAAAUACUCAAACUCGAUCGCACCAAUUACGCUUUCUGGAGAGCUCAGGCUCUCUCUGCUAUUCGCGCUCAUGGAUUCCAUGAGUUCAUUGAUCCUAUGGCACAGGCACCACCGCUACUUCCAUCAUCCUCUACUUCUCCACCGAAUUCUGCGUGGCUCCGCCGUGAUCAGUAUUUACUCAGCUGGAUGCUAUCAUCGGUUACUGAAUCCAUGCUAGGUCACGUCGUUCGCUGCUCUUCAUCUCGCGAGUUCUGGUCAGUUCUUGAGAGGCUCUUCAUGUCCCAAUCAAAAGCAAGAAUUAUGCAAUUGCGUCUUCUCCUACAAACUACAAAGAAGGGCGCUAUGAGUGUUGAAGAGUUCUUCCUUAAAAUGCGCAGUUAUGCCGAUCAACUCUCUGCCGUUGGCCAAAUCAUCAAUGAUGAUGAACUCAUCAUGUAUAUCCUCUCUGGUUUGGGACCAGAAUAUGAAGCCUUGGUUGUUAACAUCAUGCAUCGCAGUGACAAUCAAAACCUGCAGGAAAUUCAGUAUUCAUUUCAGGCUUACGAAUUGCGUCUUCAACAACAAAAUGUCUCCUCUGGAUUUGAGUUAGCUGCUCAUGUUGCUUAUCGAUCGCAGUCAAGGUAG